UAUAUAUUGAAUUUGAAUCAAUACUGUUAGCUUAAUCAUUUCCUAUAAAUUCAAACUGAAAUUAAUUUCCGUGUCAGAUAGUACAAUGUAACAUGGAUUGUUUUUGAAAUGGUGGUCAGUGCUAUCGUUUUAUUUAUUAAAUCAAACAACCUUUACGACUUUAGUUGAGCGGUGUAUCCGGUAUGAUAUUAUUAACAUGAAAUAUAAUUUUAAAGGAAAAACGUUCAUUUUACUUUCGUUUUCGUUUAUUUAAAAUGACAACAACAUUAAAGGAGUUCAAAUAAGAAUAUAAAGACAAGAGUUACAUAUCGUAUCUUCAUAAAUUCAUAUUCAAUUUGGUUAUGUCAAUAAUCGCGCGGCUCCUUCCUAAUUAUAACUUACAUUAAAAGAGAUAAAUGAAAUGGGAUCGCGUUGUUGUCGUGAGAAUAAAGAUAAAUUAGAGGUUGAUGAGGGAGUAAGUCAUAAUAAUGCAAAACGGCCGACCUCACCGUCAGAAGUUACAGUGGCUGACAAAACACACGAAAGAUGUCUUUACAAAGAAAAGAUGUACAAAAAUGAAGUGAAAAAGCUAGAAAAACAACUGAUGGACCUUGAAAAACUGACUAUAGAUAAAGAUAAAGAGAUUAUUACACUAACAGAAAACCAUAACCAACAGAUGGAGGAGCACAUUUUGAAAUGUCUUUACAAAGAAAAGAUGUACAAAAAUGAAGAGAAAAGGCUAGAAAAACAACUGAUGGACCUUGAGAAACUGACUAUAGAUAAAGAUAAAGAGAUUAUUACACUAAAAGAAAACCAUUAUCAACAGAUGGAGGAGCAAAUUUUAAAACAUGAAUAUGAACGCAAUGCACUUGAUAGAAACAUUUCAAAGCAAAGAGAACAGAAUCGAGAACUGAGGGAGGAAAAUGAUACGCUCUUGACAAGAUUCAGUGAUGUUGCCAGUGCUAAGCUUACCGACGGGAACCCUAAUAUUGCAGACUUGAGUGAUAAAAACCGACCUACAAAAUUAGCUGAACAAUAUUCAGAACUCUAUGACAAUGAAUGGACUGACGCCUUUGGUGUAUUAAAAGGUGGAAACUCGGAAGAAAAUGCAUGCCGUAUUCUUUUACACAUGUUUUGUGACAUUUAUAUAGCUUGUAUAAAAAAGGCCGGACAAGAUUGUGAUAAUGUGACAGAUGCCAUCAAGACCUUUCUCGAUGGGCAGCAACCACCAGUCGAGUUAUUGAAACAACUGAAAGACAACAGAAAGAACAAUACCGCAGGACAAAAAACUAUUAUUAAACAGGAAAUUAAAGGAAAAAUAAAGUGUAUUUUACCCGAAAAAGAACUCCGAAAGGACCAACAUGUUAAACGAUUUUUUAAACAGUGGUAUAGUUUUGUUGCGUUAGCAGUUCAGAUUCCCAAACCCUCUUGUUGUGCAAAUAUGAUCGGCUUGAUGAACUGCAUGAUAGUACUUGUUACAAGCUUAUACAAAACGCGUAUUUACAUAGCAUACAUAGUAUGGCCAGUAUUAUACUUGCACGAAAAUGGAAACAUUUUAAUGAAAGGCAUUGCUCAGUGUAAGGCUAAAAACAGCAAACACAGUAGUGUACAUUCUCUAACAUCAACAAAACCAAAAACAGGAAUGAGUUACAACAAUUUGAUUUGA